GGGCUGCGGAUUCAAACGACAGUGUGACAUUGUGGAGGUUAGAGGGGUGGUGUGGUCAACGCAUUCAUUCAGGAUGGAUUAUCAUCGGCGACAAGCUUUGUCGUCGAUUGAGUUUUAGAUUUUAACACCGUGUCGUACCAUACGAAUGGACUUUUCUUUGUAUCUCUUCCACUUCUAACGGGAAUCGCUACCGACGCACAGAAAACGUGUUGCGGUCCACACCUCAAACCAGGAGGGAAUUGUUACCUCUGCUUGCGUGGAAAUUGGAUUUUAUUUCCAUUAACGAGAAAAAAGCAUCAUUUUUCAGAUGCAAAGCGGGACGCUAGCUUGUUAGCAAAGUUGGCUACUCUAUGAAGUUUACUGCCAAGCCUGUAAUUAGCAACUUGGUAUAUAUCAGAUGUUUUUCCAUCUGAUGGCUCUGGUCAAAGUUCCGUUUCUACUUAUCAUCCUUCUUGAAUGACCCCGGAGCGAUAUCAUGUAAGACUACAAUGCAACUUAUACGCGGAAAAGUUGGCUAAUAUUUGGCUAGCUUGCGAAGCGUCGUGUUAGAAAGUGACGUAUGGUCCUCGGCCAGACCUCUGGAACUCCACAACAUCAUGAUGGGCUCUCUGAAGGCACUCCAGGAGUGGUGUCGGUUACAAUGUGAAGAUUACCACGAUGUGGAAAUAAAGGACAUGUCGAGGUCUUUCCGGGACGGCUUGGCGUUCUGUGCCAUAAUACAUCGCUACAGGCCGGAGUUGAUAGACUUUGACUCGCUGUCAAAAGAUGACGUCUAUGAAAACAACCGACUGGCCUUCGAGGUGGCUGAGACACAGCUGGGGAUUCCAGCCUUGUUGGACCCAGAAGACAUGGUAUCAAUGAAGGUUCCUGACAGGCUCAGCAUCAUCACCUAUGUCUCUCAGUACUACAACUUCUUUAACAACAAGUGUCAAGCAAACCCUCCCUCUCUGAAGAGACUAGGCUCUGUUAGUCCCAAUGAGCCGGCACAGAAAAGGCCUUCAACCCCUCUUGAGGACAGAGACGUUGAGUCUGAGCCGAGCCGGGCCAAGGAAGGGGAUCUAGAAGUGGCUAAGCGCAGCACGCUUAGUAGCACCUGCACCGCCUGUCAGAAGCACGUCCAUCUGGUGCAGCGAUUUCUGGUGGACGGCAAAUUGUACCAUCGAAACUGCUUCAGGUGCACAGAGUGUCGUAGCACUUUGCUACCCGGAUCCUACAAACUAGAAAGUGAUUCUGGGGUCUUGGUUUGCACCCACCACCUUACACGGCAAGUUUCAGCAAAUCAGAAUGGCCGGACAGAUCUUAGCCAGGGACCUGUCGUUGUGCAGUCGGCUCGGAACGGUCGCAGCAAGACGCCCUACGCCUCGACCCCUGAGACGGACCGACAAAAGACCCCUUCCCCAGUAGGCAAAGUGAAUGAUGCUGACAUGCCCACCAACCCGAUUGUCUUAGUCACUCCUGUGCCAACAAACACCGAGGUCUCCUUAGAAGACACAGACAAACUUGAUGACGGUGAACAGACAGAAGAGAAAGACCGUUCCUCGUCUCCUCCAAAUCCUUUUGAUGAGAGUGACGAUGAAGAUGACGAGCAAACUGAGGCAGAAGAAUCACUAACCAAUAACAAUGAAGCCAAUAGUGACUUCUCCUGUACACUUGUCAAUCAAAAUGAAGCCGCGCCCCGACCGGUGCCAGCCCCUCGUCGAGUUGCUGAGAUAACCCCACCACCUCGGCCUUCCCCACGAGUGAAACUACCCCGAACAGCAGACCGCGUUGCGGCUGGCGCGCUAUCACUAUCAGGUGACCUUCAGAAGCAGCCCACCCCUCCAAAACCCAGAGAGAGAUCCCAGUCUCCGAGAAGCUUGUCCAGUGGCUCACAUAAACCCAAAGACCCACCCUGGCUUGCCCUGGUCCAAUCAGAGACCAAGAAGAAGAAAGCUCCUCCCCCUCCCUCUGCAGGAGUGGCAACACCUCCCAAUACAGGCUCUGUGUCUUCUCUUAAAGACGAGGGCUCCAGAUCCACUACGCCUCCUUUGCCCUCUAACCCCUUUGAGGAUGAUGACGAUGAACCGAACGAAGCAGAGGAAGACGAGGAAGCCGAUGCCAUUCCGGCCACAAUGGCGGCGAGUCAUCCGUGGUACAGUAUCACACAGGUGGCGGAUGUCCCGGGUGCGGUCACGCCCCCAGGCACAAGAAGCUCCUCCCGCUCGGCGAGCCCAGGAAGUGCUAAAAGCAAAAAGCGACCAGCACCUCGUGUCCCACAGCCACGUGUAGCAAACCAAGCUCCUCCUCAUUCUCAGCAGUCUUCCUGCUCUCUGGCUCUCAGUGUGGAGAGCUUGUCUUCUGGGUCCGACCACAGCUCCUCCCAUCGCCCCUCGGCCACCGGUGAAGGCAGCAACCAGGAACUCGGCUUCUCCAAAAGCUUAUCGGAGCCUUCCAUCUGCACACCGUCUCCCGCCUCUCCACCUUCCUCUUCUUCCGCUGAGCGUCUGCCUCAAUCGUUCCUCGGCCCCUCUUUGUCGGAAUCGUCAAAUGCAAGCUCCGCCCCUGCUACUCCACAAAUCAGUCGCAGCCAUGACACCAAAGGGAGUGGACCUUCUCCGCCCCGACCCACGACCACCCCCAGCCCAUUAGCCGUGGGAGCCACCUCUUCACAUAACAAGCGAAUUUGCAAGGAAAAUCCAUUCAACAGGAAAGCGUCUCCUUCCCCUGCUAAAUCCAAAAGCAAACCCCCAAAAGGUCCUCGUCCUUCUAGACCUCCGGCCCCAGGUCAUGGCUUCCCUCUUAUCAAACGCAAGGUGCAGUCAGACCAGUACAUCCCAGUGGACGACAUCCACUGGGAGAUGAGUCAGCUGGAGAAACAGCUGGAUGAGUUGGAGCUAAGAGGCGUAGGGAUGGAGAAAAAACUCAGAGACAACCCAAAUGAUGAGGAUGAGGAGCGCCUGUUGGUCGACUGGUUCCUACUCAUUCAUGAGAAAAACCAGUUAGUCCGACGAGAAGCUGAGCUGGUCUACACAGCGAAGCAGCAGAACCUUGAGGAGAGGCAGGCUGAUGUGGAGUAUGAGCUGAGGUGUCUUCUCAAUAAACCAGAGAAAGACUGGACAGAGGAGGACAAAAGCCGUGAGCAGCAGCUGAUGGCCGAGCUGGUCACCAUCAUUGAACAACGCAACCAAAUAGUCAACAACAUGGACCAGGACAGACAACGGGAGGAGGAGGAAGAUAAGUUCAUGGAAGCUGUGCUGAAGAAAAAAGACUUCCAUAAGGAAUCGGAUGGAGGACAACAAAAGAGAAAAGGUUCAAAGUUCAAACCCAUGAAGGUUCUGAAGAGACUGAGCCAGAAAGGAGAACCUGGUAAAAGUCCUCGUAAGGAGCACAGCUGAUCCACACAAAGGAUCAAACACGCUAAAAGACAAUGGGGAUUUUUGUAAAAACAUGAUGUGUCCUGACUCUCAUGACUGCCUUGUUGAAGCCAGUGAACCUGAAUGGCUCUCCUCCAAUACUCCUGAACUCCUCAUACCCGACGUUGAGAGGAUGUUUUAAAACAAUCCAUAGCGAAGAUACUCUGUAGUAUACCGAGUAUACUGUAAUACUUUAUAUCGCCUUGUUUUCUUUGUGUUCGCAGAGAAGAGAGACAUAAUUUAUUUGCAGAGACGCCUGCCUGAGAAUUGUAUUCAUGAAGGCUGCAUUUGCAGUUUUUAAAAAUGGCGAAAUAGAAGUUUUAAGAUAAAAAAACUUUGUUAAUUUAUAUUUUACUAUACAUGUGCGUUUCACCUCCAAGUGGGAAUUUGUUUGUGUGACUCAUUUUAUGUGUUGACUGGAUUUGUCCUCAAUCAUGUCGUCUUCCUUCUAAAACAUAUCAAGGAACUUCUGCAAUGCCUGUCAGAUGGUUUUUAACCCCCAAAAAUAGGAUUAUAAGAAAUGUUUACAGUCUAAGGCAGGUAAAUAAAACAAGUUAAUACAGAUACUGCAGUUGUUUAUUCUUUGUUUAACCUUUUAGCACUAGCUUGCAUCCACGGGCCUCUCAGGUGCCAUCACUUCCUUGUUUGGUUUUUGGGCUUCAGCUAAUUUCUCCAGUUCACGGAUUUUCUAAAUUAGAGUUCAGAAAAGAAAAAAAAACGGUUUAAUAAUCACAGCUUCUGUUCCCCUAUAUUAUUACAUAUUUUGAUUAUUUUAACAUCAAUGUGUUCAACAACUCCAAAGGUAUAUCAUUAUAUUCCAUCCAAAUUAUUUACCUGUGAUAUUUCCGUGUUGAUGAUGUGGAUGUACUGCUUCUCCUGUCCUACAGAGGCCAUAUCUGCCAGGAAUUGUCUCCUUUCCUCAAUCUCAUCCAGAACUGCAAAAUAAAAAGACUCUACUUCAGUAGUUCCCAAAAUCAUGCAGAGGAACAAAUUAAAAAGAAAAUAAUUGAGAGCUAUCAGAGAUCCAUAUAGAAAAGAUUAUAAAGCCAUUCUUAAGUUUUGGGACUCCAUCGGACCACAGAGCGAAACGGCGAAAACAUGGAUCAGUGGUGAACCUUCCCAGUAGUGGCCGGCCGAUCAAAAUGCCACCAAGAGAGCAGCAACGACUCAUCCAAGGGGUCACAAAAGACCCCACAAGGACAUCCUUGAACAUGAUUAUAUCUAGUAAAAAGGGGUAGGCAUUAAUAAGCUUUUGCUUCAGGGCUUGUGAUCAGAUAGUUGAAUACAAAUGUAAAUAAUUCGCGGGGGUGCUGGAGCCUAUCCCAGCUGUCUUCGGGCGUAAGGCGGGGUACACCCUGGACUGGUCGCCAGCCAAUCACAGGGCACAUAUAGACAAACAACCAUUCACACUCACAUUCAUAUCUAUGGACAAUUUGGAGUCGCUAAUUAACCUAGCAUGUUUUUGGAAUGUGGGAGGAAACCGGAGUACCCGGAGAAAACCCACGCAUGCACGGGGAGAACAUGCAAACUCCACGCAGAGAUGCCCGAGGGUGGAAUUGAACCCUGGUCUCCUAGCUGUGAGGUCUGCGCGCUAACCACUAGACCAUAUAUAUAUAUAUAUAUAUAUAUAUAUAUAUAUAAUAUGGUAAAAAUUGGUAUAUUUCAGACAUAGUGCGACAUGGUGAUUAAUCAUGAUUAAUUAAUUUGAAAACUAUGAUUAAUCUGAUUAAUAGUUUUCAUCAUUUGACAGCCCUAAUAUAUAUAAUAUAUAUAUAUGUCUAUGUUGUUAUGGUGCUGCCGUGCCGCCCCAAACUGUAUAUUAUUUUUUAUUUUUUGGAAUAAAAUAAUAGCCCAUAUUUCCACCCCAAAUGUAAAUAAUGGAAAGUUAUAUUUUGAUUGAUGUAAGAAAUGCACUGUACUGUUUCAUAUAUUUGCCCAAAUAAAAAAAAAAAGUCCUGACCUGAACCCUUUUGAGAUGCUUUGGCAUGAUCUUAAAAAGGCACUUUAUACUGGAAAACCCUCCAAUGUGACUGAAUUACAACAAUUCUGCAAAGAUGAGUGGGCCAAUAUUCCUCCACAGCGCUGUUAGAGACUUAUUAUAAGUUAUCGCAAACAGUUGUUGGUACUAAGGGUGGCCCAACCAGUUUGACAGUUCCAUGUCGGUUUGUCAUGAAUGUGUCCCAAUUGAAGUUCUAGCCUUACCUUCUUGAUAACGGUCCCUCUCCUCUGUCACUGCAGCUUUCACACACAUAACAUUUUCCGAAGGCGCAUCAUCUGCUGCUUCUUCUUGUCCUGUGGCCAAGAUACUUUGAAGCCUCCUCUUCUC